GCCUUCUGUGUUGCUAAGAUUGUUAACAACCGGGAUAACGACAUAGCCAAGUGGAAAAAUAGCUGCAAUAAGCAUUGAAGUUCGAGUUUAAAUACGGAGACAUGGGGAAAAAACACAAGAGACCUAAAGCAGAGUGGAGAACAGUUGACGACUACGAGGACAAAGCUCUUGAGAAGCCCCUGAAGCUGGUGCUCAAAGUUGGAGGAAGUGAAGUGACAGAGCUCUCUGGUUCGGGCCACGACUCCAGCUACUAUGAUGACAGAUCCGACCACGAGCGAGAACGCCACAAGGAGAAAAAGAAAAAGAAGAAGAAGAAGUCUGAAAAGGAUAAAGACAAAUAUGUGGAUGAUGAGGAGAGAAGGCGGCGGAAGGAAGAAAAACGGAAGAAGAGAGAGCGAGAGCAGAAUGAAUCAGAGGCAGCAGCUGCGACUGCAGGCACUAGUGGGGUACCUGUUGAACCUUUCACACUGUCGAAAACUAUAAGUAUUGCGUUAGAGCCAGAAGAGAAGAAAAAGAAGAAAGAGAGGUUUGAGUUGGAGCCUGAAGUGGAGGAGUUUCACCCCAGUGUGAAGGUGGAAGUGGAACAGCAAGGAGACAGGCCAGUCAGAGCGUGCAGGACACAACAAGAAAAUGAGUGCACUCCUCGUCAACAACUGCUGGAACACUUUUUGAGGCAGUUGCAAAGGAAAGAUCCCCACGGAUUCUUCUCAUUUCCAGUAACAGAUGCAAUUGCUCCUGGUUACUCGAUGAUUAUCAAACAUCCCAUGGACUUCAGCACCAUGAAAGACAAAAUUAGAAACAAUGAAUACAACACAGUAACAGAAUUCAAGGCGGACUUUAAACUGAUGUGUGACAAUGCUAUGGUGUACAACCGACCAGAGACGGUCUACUACAAGGCUGCCAAGAAACUGCUGCAUACAGGAUUCAAGAUGAUGAGCAAGGAGCGGCUUUUGGCUCUGAAGCGCAGCAUGUCAUUCAUGCAGGACAUGGAUUUUACCCAGCAGGCAGCCAUUUUGGGAGAUGAAGACCUGACGGCUGAUUUGCCUCCUCCAGAGACGAUCCCCAUCCCAGUGGAAUCCGCGAAGAAGUCCAAGAAGCAACCGACCAAAGACAUGAAGGAAGUCAUCAGUUACCUGUAUGAACCAGAGGGAAACGCCUGCAGCUUGACUGACAGUACAGCAGAGGAGCAUGUUCUGGCACUGGUUGAACAUUCCGCAGAUGAAGCUCGGGACCGUAUCAACAGAUAUAUGCCUAACUCCAAGAUGGGCUAUUUACGUAAAGAUUCUGACAGCUCGCUAAUAUACACCGUUGUAAAUCAACUCGAUCCUGAUGCAGAAGAAGAGGAAACCCAUAAAGUAGACCUGAGUUCUCUGUCAAAUAAGCUUCUACCUGGAUUAACAACCUUGGGUUUUAAAGAUGACAGGAGACACAAAGUGACUUUUCUUAGCAGUGCCUACAACGUCCAGAGCCUUCAGAAGAACUCAGUCUUUCCAGACUUGCUGUCUGAUGAAAUGGACACACUCUACUCAGCCUAUGGAGAUGACACAGGGGUGCAGUGUGCUCUGAGCAUACAGGAGUUUGUCAAAGGUUGUGGAAGUGUCACCAAGCGCUGGGUGGAUGGGCUUCUGGACAAGAUGACUGCGGGCGAUCACACUAAAGCUGUCAAUCAGAUUCGACAGAAAAGAAACAUAGUACUGAAACCUGAUGAAAACAAGUCGAGCAUCUGUGACAUGCAGAUAGGAGAUGGUGCCAGUCUGGGAGAGAGCAGCUCCGUGCUGGACUUCAUGUCUAUGAAGAGCUACCCUGAUAUGUCUCUGGAUAUCUCCAUGCUUAACUCAUUAGGUAAAACAGUGAAGAAGGAGCCGGGAAAUGACGAGGGCCAGCAGCAUUUCGAUGAUGCCGACAAACUCCUGCAGGAGUUCCAGGAGGCUCAGGUCGACAGGGUCGGCUCCAGACCUUCGUCCAACCUGUCCUCUCUGUCUAAUGCCUCAGAGAGGGACCAGCACCAUUUAGGGAGCCCGUCACACUUGGGUGUUGGAGACCAGUCUGAAAUGGUUCAUGAUCCCUACGAGUUCUUGCAGUCUCCGGAACCAGAGGGCACAGCUAACAGCUGACCACACACUGUUGUCUUGUUAUCCUGGUGUUAACGGUGCCGUUUACUCAAUGUUGGACUGUUUAAACGUUGUGGUGUCAACAGGAAACUCAGACCGGAUUUGAAGACUGAACAUACAUGUACAGACUUUUGUGCCAUUGUACGAUUUUGUAUAACACUUGCGUAAAUAAAUGUGUGCUCCUGUA